AUGAACAGUCACGAGCUCGUAGCCGAGCCGCGAGUAGAUGACGCCGUAAAUUUGUCCGUGGAGGGCUGCGCCUAUUGCCAUGAUCAAGUAGUGCUUCGGGAGGGACAGCUCGGCAAAGUUGUGGGAUCCGAUUGCGCACGCGGACAGGUUGAAGCCGCACGAGUGGAUGAAAGCGGCGACGCAGCCCGGCUCGGUCGGGGGUUUCGAGAGGACGCAUCUGUCAGGAACGAUUCGUGGAGUAGGGGGAGGGGGAUUUUCUUGGCGAGCUCCGGGUUCCAGAGGUGGCAGUCGUCGGUGAGCGGGUCGGCCAUGGUCAGCCAGCCGUGGUUGGAGCCGAGCACGCGCCUGCCGGAGAAAUUGGAGAUGGAGGCGGUGCAGGACCAGUUGCCCGAGAGGCUGUAG